AUGGCCGAUGAUGGAAUGCUUCUAAACUUUGACCUAGGGUCUGGCCCUGUCAAACCCCAGGUCAAGUUCAAGGGUGGACGCUGGCGCGACAGGAAGCAGGCUGAAAAGUCAGCAAGGAUAGCCUCCGGAAAACAGUCUCAGCCAAAGUCUUCGACAGAUGGACCCGACGACGGAAGAUCCUCAAAACGACAGAGGACAGACGAUGGAGACUUUGACGAUGGCUUUGAUUAUAAGUCAGCCAACCGAUUUGGUUCGCGACCAAGGCAUUUCGACAACGAUGGCCACGGAGGAGCGUCAGGCCAAUCUAGGAGCCAUCAAUCGGACGGCAAGUCGAAACAAGUUAUCUCGCGCCUCUUCUCAUUCAAUCCCGCUCAAAAGACGGAGGCAGAAGAGAAGCAGGAAGAAUGGACUGCCCCAGAAGCGACCAAUGCGCCACUGUCAGAUGUCGCCAACUUCGGAACCUUGACAAUAUCUGCUCGACUUGUAGACGAACUCGGCAAGAUGGGCCUCGAGCGACCCACGGGUAUUCAGAAUAAAGUCAUCCCUCACAUGCUGACGAGCAGCUCCGAUGCGUUUGUCCAGGCCGAAACUGGUUCCGGAAAGACCUUGGCUUACCUUUUGCCUAUCCUACAUCGCGUUCUGCUUCUAAGUGUGAAGGGAGGUGCCCAGAUCCAUCGAGACUCUGGCGCUUUCGCAAUCAUUGUUGCACCUACUCGUGAACUUGCCAAGCAGGUCCACACAGUUCUCGAAAAGCUCAUUCGACCGUUUCCAUGGCUUGUCUCGACAGCGAUCACAGGAGGAGAGUCCAAGAAGGCAGAGAAGGCCCGCAUACGAAAGGGCGUCAAUUUCUUGGUCGCCACCCCCGGACGACUUGCUGAUCACAUCGACAACACCAAGGCGCUUAACCUCAGCAUCGUCCGAUGGCUGAUUCUCGAUGAAGGCGAUCGACUUAUGGACUUGGGUUUCGAGGAUGACUUGAAGAAGGUCAUCACAGCACUCAAGGCAGUCGACGUAUCGGAUACGCUACCCGAUGGAACACCGCUCAAGGCCCUACCAGAACGAAGAGUUACAGUACUGUGCUCGGCCACUAUGAAGAUGAACGUGCAGAAGCUCGGAGAAAUGAGUUUGGCGGAUGCGACAUUCCUAGCAGCAAAGAAGGAGGAUAUGGAGCUCGAUGUGCAAAAGAGCGAGAUGAAGGCACCUGCACAGCUUCACCAGUACUAUUCCGUGGUUCCUGCCAAGCUACGACUCGUUACUUUGAUCUCGUAUCUCAAGUCUACAUUCUCCCGGCGCGGAAAGACCAUGAAAGCUAUCAUAUUUAUAUCUUGCGCCGACUCUGUCGAUUUUCACUACGAACUGUUACGAGACCCCAACACUGCCGAAGCACCUGUGGCGGCUUCCAAGGAGGCAGAAUCAAUCUCGAAGACAGUGUCAAAGGCGGCGUACAUCACUUCACCGGCGAGCCCCGAGGUUGUCCUCCACAGGAUGCAUGGAUCUCUAUCGCAGCCUAUCCGUACAGCUACUCUUAAAUCAUUCUCAGCUUGCAAAUCACCGUCUCUUCUUAUCACGACCGAUGUUUCUUCCCGAGGUCUAGAUAUUCCUUCGGUUGAUCUAGUUAUCGAGUACGACCCUGCGUUCAGCUUCGCCGAUCAUAUUCAUCGUGUCGGUCGAACUGCUCGUGCUGGUAAACCUGGUGACGCUCUACUAUUCCUCCUCCCCGGAACUGAAGAAGGCUAUAUCGAGCUAAUGAAGGGGUCAACAACGCCAACACCACAAUCAUACGAUUCAAUCCUGCAAAAGGGAAUGAUGACCAAGCUCGAAUUCCCGGUUGAGACGACUGCGAAACCGGAAGAUGGACAUUCUUUCCACGACAAGGCGGAGUCUCUUCAGUUGCACAUCGAACAGCGCCUGCUCGAAGAUACCAAGCGUCUAGAACUUGCUCGAAAUGGCUUCAAGUCCCACAUCAGAGCAUAUGCUACACAUACCAAGGAGGAGAGGAAGCACUUUGACAUUUCAGAACUACACCUGGGACACACGGCCAAGAGCUACGGUUUGAGAGAAGCGCCUGGCGGCAUCGGACAAGGUGUGGAGAGGAAGACCAAGAAGCGAAUGAAUAAGGGUGUCGAGAAGGACCCGGAGCAGGCUGCGGGAGACGAGAGGCAAAACCAGAACAUAAUCAGGAAGAAGAGUAUGAUGUUGAUGAACUCGGCAGCGGACGAGUUCAAUAUUGGUUAG